AUGCGUGACAGCAAAGGUAUCUCUGAAGAGCAGAUCAAUGAAUAUCGCGCCUCAUUCAACCACUUCGAUAAGGAUAGACAAGGCCUCGACCCCGAACAGUUACGAGCGUGUCUAAUUUCCAUCGGUUACAAUAUUCGGCCUGGACGAGAGGGUGAUGCCGAUUUGCAUCGCAUUCUUACGCAUGUUGAUCCGAAUCGAAUGGGACGUGUGCCAUUCGAUGCGUUCUUGGAUUUCAUGACAGCCGAGACGGCAGAUUCGGACACCGUGGAACAGAUGAUUGACUCGUUCCGUAUUCUGGCAGCUGGAAAGGUAAACAUUUCUCUGGUACAGUAUCCCGAAAAUUCUUUCAUUCUUCCUAACUGA